ACACACAUAUCUCUGCAUCUUUCAUUAUACGAUUAGUCGAUAAUAAAAUUAAGAAGUUCCUAUAAUACCGAAAAGCUUUAAACAUGUAUUAUUAAAUGCUCAGAAUGUGGCUCACUAAAUAUUAUUAUAAAAUUGAUUAUACUCUAAAUGUAACGAUGGAUCGUAUUUCAAUAUAUCGAUGUAUCGAAUCGGAAACAAUUAUCGAUGUUUGCCUUCACUAUACAUGCCACCUAACUGUUAAUAAAAUGGGAAAUAUUGGAAGAGCUUGAGCUCCAAGUUUGAAUAAACAUUCGAACGUGAAAAAUACGCCCGGUAAUUAAAUGUGCCCUGCAACUAAUGUGAUGUCGUCUAUAUGUGAUGGCGGGUAAAGAGUUAGUAGGCCAUCAGCAGCAGUUUGUUGAGGAAAUUAACUACCAUGAAAUUGAAAAAGAACAGGUAGUUGGAAAAGGUUCUUUUGGAAUAGUAUGGAAAGGAAAAUGGAAAGGGCAAUAUGUUGCUGUAAAGUAUAUCAAUUCGGAAGGUGAGAAAAAAGCCUUUACGAUAGAAGUGAGACAAUUGUCAAGGGUUGUGCAUCCUAAUAUUGUUAAACUAUAUGGCGCCUGUACUAAUCCAAUGAAUCCAGUCUGUUUGGUUAUGGAAUAUGCAGAAGGAGGAUCUUUAUACAAUGUAUUACAUUGUAAUCCCCAACCACGGUACACUGCAGGUCAUGCGAUGAGUUGGGCUUUGCAAUGUGCACGUGGUGUCGCUUAUCUUCACAAUAUGAAACCAAAGCCUUUAAUUCAUAGGGAUUUAAAACCACCAAAUCUGUUAUUGGUAAUGGGUGGACAAACCCUUAAAAUUUGUGACUUUGGCACAGCUUGUGAUUUAAACACAUAUAUGACAAACAACAAAGGUUCUGCUGCUUGGAUGGCUCCAGAAGUGUUUGAAGGUUCUAAAUAUACAGAAAAGUGUGAUGUAUUCAGUUGGGGUGUUAUCUUGUGGGAGAUAUUGUCAAGAAAGAAACCAUUUGAUGAAAUUGGUGGCUCAGCUUAUAGAAUAAUGUGGGCAGUGCAUGUGGGACAGAGACCUCCUUUAAUUGAAGGCUGUCCAAAACCAAUUGAAGAUCUUAUGACUAGGUGUUGGCACAAGUCUCCUAAAGAAAGACCAUCAAUGGAUGUUGUUGUAGAAAUAAUGACAACAUUAUCGCAAUUUUUUAGUGGUCAUUUAGAGCCUGUCGAGUAUUCUGCCAGUAUUGAGUUAGAAGAAGUCAAUGAUAACCAUGUCCUCAAAGAUAAUACUUUAGAUAUGACUAGUACUCUGGAUUCUCAAGUAAAUGGAUAUACUCCUAACGGUACAAUCAGAGCUAGUGGUCCCAAAGAAACAUCAAAACUUCCAAAUGGGAAAGAUAAUUUAUCAAACCCCUUCUGCGAUUUUAGAGAUAGUCUUUGUAAAAAUAAUUCAUUAGGGAGUACAUGUAAAAAACUUCAAAAUAAACAUUUCCCACCGCUUCAUAUUGAAUGCGAUCAGGAUGCUUGGGAAAUACCAUGUUCUGAUCCACCUUUGGAUUCCCCUGUCCUGAGAACGAAAAAUACUGGCCAGAGUAAUAGCACAACUAACGAAGAUUUGGACAAUGUUUACCGACUACUGGAUGCGGAUUUGAGACCGUUAACACCAGAUCAAACUUGUGAAAGAUCAAAAGAAAUUUUUGAAGAGCAUAAGCAGCUUGCACAAGAGUAUUUAAAAGUUCAAACAGAAAUAGCCCUCUUGGGGCAACACAAGAAUGAGAUGCUUAAAAAUUUGACUUUAGACAGCUUAAGGCAACAAGAGGAACUUAAAAAACUGGAAGAUGAGAAGGAAUCUUUGAUAAAACUAUACCGUAAUUUAAAACGGCAAUUAGAAAUAAUGAAAAACCAGAGGAUGAAUAAUGCCUUGAACACUCAAUUGAUGAAUCCUGCAGUUUCAGGAAACAAUGGAUGGUUUGUAAUACCUUGUCAAGAUCCUACGAGACACUCCUGAACAUUCACAUUAUUUACUAUCUGUAAAAAAAGAUAAGUUCUUCUCCGUCUUCUAAUCAAUGGUAAAUUAAUAGCAGCGAUUAUUUGUGAAUACAACAAAAAUUGAUUGCAAAAGAAAAUAAGAAGAAUUGACUUUAUCAAAAGAAACGAUGAUUUUGCAGUAUAAAAAUAUUGAAAAAGUGUUAAUUAAGCACGAAAUUACUGCUCUUUUGCAUUUGAUCAAGACUACUGUUAAGUUUUCGAAAACUUUUACAGAGAAUUCUGAUCUUUUUUAAUAAAAUUAUGGAAGUUAACUUUUAUUUUUUUGUUCGUUUUCAUCAUGGUUAUUCCAAUUUUUUAAGUAAAUUUAUUUCAGGCUAAUGACACAUAAGCGUUUCAUUGAGAUAUGUUUUCCAUACUUUAGAGAAAAUUUAGUGAAAAAUUUUAUUUUAGAUCCAGUUUUAAACGUUUUCUGACUCUACAAUAUUUCAGAAUGUAGCUGUAAAUUGUUUAGAAACCAGUGAAAUGAUAAACUCCUAUACUAUAUCCACUCAAGUACAAUUAAAGUUUUCAUAUCCUAUACUAUAGAAUGCCAUAUGAUUAAAUGAAAUGGCGCUUGCGUGUCUUGUGCCUAAUCUUAGAUAAUGUAGAACAAACACGUGAAAAAAUUGAUUUUAUGCAACACCUUACAAAUUAGUACCUUAUGGCAUAAUCGGCAAUCCAUUAUAGUGAUUAACACGAAUUAGUUAACUGCCUGCGAUAUAGCGAUUAGUACGGUUAUUUAUGUAAGAAUUAACAGUGGUAAAAUUAAGAAUGUAUCUUACCAUUAUUUUAUUAUUUAACUGUUACUGGCUGACAAUUCAUUCUCGUCACUAUAAUUAAUUUGUACAGUCAUUUAUAUAUUGAAUAACUGAUAUAAUUUUAAAGUAUUAAUAACUAUUUUUAAUCAUAUAAUUACAUCUCAGAUACUUAUAACGGAAUUCGUCCUCCUUGUAAUUUAUUAUGAACUGAUUCUUCAUUUUAAAAAAUGUAUGUAUCUUUUAACUAAAUGUGAGUAUAAUUCAAGACUUGAACUUCUGUCCUUUGUUUUAAAUAAAUGAAUCUUUUUUUAUUUUGUAA